GGCAAUAUUGAAGCUGCUAUAAACGGGUAUACUACCAUGUAUACGAGCUAAUCCAGAAAAGGAAGCUUACUGCAUGAAAGAGGGGCAUCAUGUCAGACUCCGUCAAAACACGAGCUUACAACCUCACUGCCCCUCCUGACUGCGCGCCUAACUAUAAUGACUCGAACGACAAGUGAUUCUUUGGAUGACAGGCUGUCCACACUCUGGCGAUCUGCCUGUGACGACUAUGCUAAAGCAACGGGGAUCUCGCCUAGCGAUGGCGACUUCCCCAAGAUCCACGGUCCCGAGGAUCUGUCGCGUCAGCUAGACGCAGAGAAGGACCAUUUCGAGGACUUUCGAAUGAAGAAACGACCGCUCUUGCAUGCUAUGCAGAUGAUCCUGGCGCCCUUUGAGAACUGGGGCGACCUGCUCGCGGGUGCAGCCUCCGCGGCUUUUCCUCCAGCAGUCAGUGAAUCGUUCGACAUGCUCACUGACUUGUUUCACAAACUUGGUCAUUUUGCUCUCCGGCUGGACUCGUACAAGGGAGUUCCUCUCAGUGAAGGGAUGAAGACCAUUAUUGUCAAAGUUUUGGUCAAUUUCCUUCGUGUCUGCGCGGCGUCGCAGAAAUUGCUAAGUCGGGGGUCGCUCAGAGCAAGACUUACAAAAUGGACAAAGAAUGUCCUGGUUGAGGAUACGUCGAUUAGUUCGCUCCUGGGCGAGCUGGAGGAGUUGACGAGCCAGGAACACAAGAUGGUCUCUGCUCAUGGGCUCGAUCUCACUCACCAGGCGCUCAGAAACACCGCGGAGUUACUCGAGCGAGAUGAUAACAGGAACGAGCGCGAGAGACUGGAUACAGUGAAGAAAGCAUUAGAUCCCGUCUCUGCAUCCGGCCGCGUCUUCUCCUCGAUCAACGAGAAUCGCAUACCUGGAUCGGGCAGCUGGAUUGAAGACAGAAUCCGGUCCUGGUGGCAGAGUGCCGAGCCUUUACUCUGGAUUCACGGGAUCAUCAGUGAUCUCGCGGCGGCAGACCCAUCCGCUCCAUCUGCUUCCAACGUCGCCUCUUUCUUCUUCAAGAAUAACGAUGUCGACCUACGCUCCUUCAACAAAGCGCUGCGGACCCUGGCAUGGCAAGUGGUCGUCCAGCAAUCGAGGUUUGCGGCGCAUGCAGAGGAUUUCUGUCUGAAAGAAGACCCAGCCAACAGCUACGUUGUCUGGAGGAAACUCUUGCUUGACUACUUCGUCAAGUCUGCACCGGACGCCGGAACGUGCUUUAUCAUUGACGGUAUCGACGAGGCCGAUCCAGAGGAGCAAGAAAUCCUUUUCAGUCUGCUCGAGAGCACGUAUGCGACAGAGGACCAGACGAACCCGACCGCACCAAUCCGAGUCGUACUUCUGGGCAGGGAUUCAGUGCGCGGCAUUCUCGACGAACACUCCCUCGGAUGGAUACCGGAGAUUGAAAUCACCAAUAACCAGAACAAGGACGACCUUCACGGAUAUGUCUCUCAGAAGCUGCAGAAGACGAAGUUGUUUCGCGGCUAUCCAGACUUCCUAGACGAGGUUGUCCAGGAUAUAUGCGGGCAAGCGGAAGGCCUCUGGGAAUGGGCUAACCUUGUCAUCAAAUCUGUUCUGCGCUGCCGGUCCAAGGAGCAGAUUCGGAAGGUGGUCCGGACGAUGCCCCGAGGAAUCAGCGCAAUGCUGCAUGCAGAGCUGCAGCGUUUGGCUAGAGAGUUGUCGGCCUCGGAUGCAAUGUCGACCGAGUUUUCCGAUGAUGAAGGAUCAUCCGGGGAAGCAACGACGCAGAUUCAACAGCUCAACCUUUUACUCUCAUUUGUGACGAUGGCUCAGAAGCCGCUGACGGUGGACCAACUCGACCUUAUCUUAGAAGUCAUCCUUGAAGAGGAGGUCCUGAAUCUUGAGGAUGAUCUUCGCACGGUAUACUCAUCCCUGUUUUCGCUCCGUUCCGCGGUGGAAGAAGUAGACGAUGAUGGAGAUGAAGUAGAGAAAGACGCAGUCAUUGUAACUCUGCGCCAUAGUUCUUUUUAUGAAUUCUUCAGCACAUCCGUGGAGGCUGGACCCAUCCAGGUCGACCCUGGACAAGCGGAGGCGUCCUUUGUAUUUGUCCUACUCUAUGCUCUCCAAAGAAGAAAUGCACCCAAAUCAGAGAGGUUGCUAGAACAAGUCAGCAGUUAUGCUCAGAAAUUCCUACCGCUGCAUCUGGAGCGUGCAAAUCCAGAAAAGGCAGCAAAUCGAGAAGAAAUAGCAACUCUUCUUGCCGCUCUCCUCACCGACGAGCCGGUACUCAACCCCCAGCACUGGCUCAUUGAACAAUACCGCGUAACCUAUGUUGCCACAUACAACCAAUAUAUGUCCUCUCGCGCAACAGAGAUCGCUUGUUACUGGUGGAAUACCCAGAAACGUGAUACGGCGAACCAGAGGGCGGAGCUGGUCCUGAAUUGGCUCUCCCCAGAUACGAGACAGAUUCUGCAGGAUUGCGCUCGAUCUUCGACGGUGGCAAGCGAUGCCUGUCCUUUUACGGUUCUUUUCUCUCGUUUGGCAGAGUCUUUCUCUCGACUUUGGCUGGCUCCGAAAGAUAUCGAAGAGGAAGACGGAUUACCGGAAGGUAUCUCCGUCAUGAUAUUUGUGUACGCUCAGAUGGCAGGCACCGAAUUCCCGACCUCCGAGGGGAAGUUAGCAGGGGUAGUACGCAUAGCCUUGAGGACAGUCGAGAUCAUGCAGGUCGCCGAGAUGCAGCGUUUCGAGAAGACGCCCGUCUGGCAUGCUCGAGUGGCUCAGGCGCUCCUCCUGCAUAAUAACUUCAAGACAGCCCUCGAACAAUUCCAGAUCUCUCUUGAUAAAAAUCACCAAAACCCUAUCCUGAGCAAACAAGCGCUAUCUGCAAUUCACAGAGACAUGGCUCGCGCGUGUACCGAGACCGGAAGGUAUAAGGAGGCAUUAGAACAUUCUGAUCUGGCUGAGUCGUUGCACGACGCCUCCUGGGACCGUGCCUGGCAGGAUCCUAUCGGCAGACUGCUGAACACUGCGCAAAUGAAGCACUUUGCCAAAAUGACCGACAAAGCUGUUGUCACCGCAAAUGAGGCCUGGGAAACAUUCCUGGGACAAACGGAGGAUCAUCGAGACAGGUAUACGCUGACUUCGUUCUGGUCGCCACACCGUGUCCAAGAUUUCCAAUGGACCGAAAAAGAGGGUUUGGUUGAGUUCCUCGCUUCAACAAUGACUUGGACACGCCAUAUAAUAUAUAGGCUUAUUGAUCUUGUUGCCUCGGCUGGGAAAAUAACAGGUGACCUAGCGGCGGCUAAAUACUCCAUCGCCCGGAUCAGCGCCGGAAUCCAAACUUGGUACCAGCUUGCCGCACACGACAACCCUGGUUGGGAUAUGGAAAGGGCUCAGGCGCGGUCACGGAGUCGCUUAGCAGCCAUCCCAUUCUGCGACGAGCCCCCUCUGAGAUUAGAUGAAAAGGCGGAUUGGCUGCGGUAUCACGCUCUCCGCGGACGUGUGAAGAAAAGUAUCGAGCUGUUGUCGGAUGACGUUCCUUUCAACGAUGAUGACGCCUUCCUGAGCCUCUUUCAGACCGAUGAAGAUCUGAGUGGGGCCUUGUAUUUGACCAAGGCCUGGUACAGGGACUAUCUGCGGGAAACGAAGAGAGACAACCCCGUAUCAGAAGCUGGCGUCGCCGAAUCUCUGAACCAAACACAGGUACCGGAUGAUGAGGUCUUUGAACGCCGGAUCUCGUACACAAUCAACUAUUUCGCCGAGUGUUCGAACUGCAAGUGUGAGAUGAGAUCGAUCUGCCAUUGGUACUUUUGUUGUUGUUGCCCGUUCAUGAUGCUGUGUCAAUGGUGCUACCGCGAUAUCAAGUCAGCCCUAUCCGAGGACGGUGCGUCCCAUCCCCCGGGCAUCUGCGACCCUCAGCACGAGUUUUAUUAUACCGGCGGUCCGCUGCAGGCUUUUGAACGUGUGCCUGAGGGGAUGAUGAGGCGGACAGCAUGGAUCGAAGAAUGGAAGGAUCAGCUGUCGGAGAAGUGGGAGACGGCGGACUUUGCCUUUGAGGGAGGACUGUCGGCCUGGUGUAUGCGAGUAUUGCCGGAGCCACAGAGAUCUCGGUGGGCAACAUUUUUCAGGUAACUUCCACUGUUGGAGAGUAGGCUGGACACGGUGUCUCAUCUUUCUGUGCUGUUUUCCAGUGUCAUAGUCUGCCCAUGUCUAUCAAUGCAUAGGCCAUUCACUCUAUAGACCCAACAAGCCUUUCCAGUCUCUUCAUGAUAUACUGCCUCCGCACAAAUAGUCAUGCUGCCCACUCAAUAAUCGACUUCAUGAAUCUCUCUAGAG